AUGCGACCACCUUCAGAAGCACUUGUGCUCUUCGGAAUAGAUCAUGAUCGCAACAGCUGGUCUGUCCUGUUUUUCGAUUCGGAAAUGCACAAAGGAGAACGCAUUGCCGACAUGGAACAGCGUACCUUCGCUUCUUACAGUGUCGUCGAAGAGAACAUUUUCGUUGUUGGAGGCAGUACUGCCCAACAGACUUACUCAACGUGCGUCGAAGAGUUCUCGGUGAGAGAACGUCGCUGGCUUAGACGGGCUCCUCUUACCGUUGGACGCAAGUGGCAUGCUGCCGCAGUCGUUAGGGCAGGUGACGCAGGCCAGACACUACUCGGGGUUUUUGGGGGAAACCACGGAGAUGCCUGUGAGAACCAGAUUUCUUCCUGUGAAGUGUACAAC